GUGCAAUUGCAGCUCGGAGGAAAACAUGCGGAUCGGGUUAUUUAGCGUCUGAAUGGCAAACGAGACGUGUUCCUUGGACCCCAGAAACCGUGACUACUGUAUGCUGAUAUUCAGGAUGGACAGCGAGCAGACGAUAUGCGUCUAGUGUCGUCUGGACACUCCCUCCUUCUGGUCGCCCUGGUGAUCGGGACAGGGUACUGCCGGUCACAGUCCAGUUUCUGCAAGACAGUGACCGGAAAUCCGGGUCUGUGCGUCCGCGGUCGCUUCUGCCGCGUCCGGUCGGUCAAGCUGGCCCGGUGCCCGGACGACCGGAAACUGUUCUGCUGCCCCUUCCCGGACAGCGAGUCGCCGGACUGGAGCCUCGAGGACCGGGACCCCAUCGUCUUCCCCAACGACAGCGCCACCUGGAAACAGCACGACUCCUCCCUCAACGACUACGACGCCAUCGUGUACCCCAAAGACUCCGACGAAUCAGAAUACCCGGGCUCUUUCGAACGAAUUCCGCGGAAACCUCCCCCGCCCACCCCCUUCCAUCGCGACCCGGCGACUGCCGCGCCCUCAGAACCGACACCGGAUUCGGAAUCCGAACCGGAGGACGUGGAGCAGGUGUCAGUGGAGCGGGGUUCGGAAGGGAGACCGAACGCUGCCGAGAAAGACGAUCCGGAGCAGUUCCUGUACGAAAUCAUCACCAAGCCGCCUACGACCAGAACGCCGCCGCCUACGACGACGAUGAGGGCGGUGUUCAAGACAACAACUCCACCCCUCCCCACCACCACCACUGUUGCGGAUCCCUUGACUUUCGCACCUUUUGAUAGCGUAGACACCAACAGAGCUCUCGAACCAGCUUGCGGCCACGCCCCCUUCACCCCGUUCAUCGCCGGAGGAACGGAGUCCAAGCCCAACCAGUGGCCAUGGAUGGCCGCCAUCUUCCAGCGCUUCCAGUCCGCACGUCCCAGCAAGUUCCUGUGCGGGGGCUCCCUCAUCAACACGCGCCACAUCCUGACGGCUGCGCACUGCUGCGUCUCCGGGCCCUCGGGGGUACCCCUGCCGGCCUCUUCGUUCCUGGUGCGCCUGGGCUCUGUGGCGGCAGACGAUGGCGACAGCUUCUCCGUGGGCAGAGUGAUCGUGCACCAGGACUUCUCGUACCAGCGCCAGUUUAACGACAUCGCCCUGCUGCGGCUGACGGCCGACUUGCCCCACUACACAGACCGUGUGGCGCCCGUCUGCCUGCCUUACCCCACCCUGAGGGAUGCCGACCUCGUCGACCAACAGGCCACGGUGGUGGGCUGGGGCGCCACCACGCUCGGUGGCGAGCGUCAACCCCUGCUUCACGAAGUGAGCGUCCCCAUCGUGUCCACAGACGACUGCGCCCUCGCCUACCAACGCAUCCGGGGCGCCGCCUUCCUGGCCAGGGGCGCCACCCACGUCCUCUGCGCCGGACUCAAAGAGGGCGGCAAAGACUCCUGCAAGAGUGAUUCCGGCGGGCCACUCAUGAUCCCCUUGGGCAGCAGCACGGACCGCUGGACGGUGGUGGGCGUGGUCUCCUUCGGCUACAGGUGUGCGGAACCCGGGUUCCCCGGCGUCUACACCCGGGUCACGCACUACCUCGAGUGGAUCUAUUCGAACACUCACUAGUGAAAGACUGAACCCAAAAGACAUUGAGUGGAGCUCCACCUGGUGGUGGAAUUCGAAAGCAGCUCAGGACAUCAGGACCGUACCCGUGCUCCCAUCAUGCUUCACGGCCGAAUGACGGAAGCAUCGUGGGAUAUGGACUUCCAGCACACUGCUUCGCUAUCUAUGUACUUAGAAUUGGCGUGUCAAGGACAAAUUAUUUUUCCGCUCUUUACCCUUUUCCCCAUCUGGUUGUCAUGGUUACGGCACUGUGAAGAACUUCUCCACGUUACUUCUGCAAGGCAAAAAAAUUACUGUCUAUUCUUCCAGUAGUAAUAUUUAAAAGUUUGUUUCAGAUUGAUUGGCAAAAAACAAUUUUGAAAUUUAAAAUAAAAAAAAAUGACAAAGAUAUAACUAUUAAAUGCUCAAAUAUUUUGAAAGAUGUUUGAGCAAAAAAAAAAGUUUUCAAAUUAUUUUUGAGACGCAUUUUGUAAAAAUGACGGGAAACAUCUAUAUCCUUAAUCUUGCAAGAAAUAAAAUGAUUUAAAACAGGAAAAUUUGGAGAUUUGAAGUGCUAACGCUAUAUUUCGAAGAAAUUCCUGAAAUGCAGUGGAAAAAAAAAAAACAAUAGUGACACUGUUAUUUCUAUUACAGUUUCUAUGGAACCGACGCAGGAAACGUGUCCUUGACGCGCCUAUUCUAAAGAAACAAACUAUGAGUUUGCUGUAUAAGUAUCUGCUGGCUGUGUGAAAACAAGAAAAGAUCUGUUAAAACUAUUGUACUUCAAAUUUUAUAUGUUCUACAAAAUAAUGAAUAUAUUAAUGAAUAUAUUUUAUCAAAAUGUUUUAAAACUCUU